ACAAUGGACUCAUCCGUCGUUAGGCCUUUGCAGUAGGGAGUUGUUUGGCGGACCCCGCAAGUUUUUCUUUACUUUGAAUGUUAUUUUUGUAUCUCUUAAGAAGGAUAAAUUCAUCAUUUUUAUAACCGAUAGACUCGUUUGUUUCCCGGUCUGUCGACGGGACUAUACAAACCAAGUGAUUUAGGGCGUGGUGUACAACUGGAGAGCCCAAGAAGGAAGGAAGGCAAUCGGUGACUCGGACUCACCGCGGCGGAGCUUAUGAUGCCGACGUUGCGGGACAGCACCAUGUCCCACCCCGGCGAGAAUUCCCACCAAGUCCGGGUGAAAGCGUAUUACAAAGGGGACAUCAUGAUCACUCAUUUUGAGCCGUCCAUCUCAUACGAGGGUCUGUACGGGGAGGUGAAGGACAUGUGCUCCAUGGACAACGACCAGCUCUUCACCAUGAAGUGGAUCGACGAGGAAGGUGACCCCUGCACAGUGUCGUCUCAGCUCGAGCUGGAAGAAGCUCUGCGCCUCUACGAGCUCAACAAAGACUCCGAGCUGAUCAUCCAUGUGUUCCCAAAUAUUCCAGAGAAAGCUGGCAUGCCCUGUCCGGGAGAAGACAAGUCUAUAUACCGGCGUGGAGCCCGGCGCUGGAGGAAACUUUACUAUGCCAGUGGUCACGCCUUUCAGGCCAAGCGCUUCAACAGGAGAGCCCACUGUGCCAUCUGUGCAGACCGAAUCUGGGGACUGGGCAGACAAGGCUACAAAUGCAUCAACUGCAAACUUCUGGUGCACAAGAAGUGCCAUAAAUUGGUCACAAUGGAGUGUGGCCGACCGAUGAUUCAGGAACCAAUGAUGCCCGGCCCACCAUCAAGUCCAUUAGACCAAACUGAACAGCCAGGCCCACAUAAAGACCCCAGAGAAAGCUUGCCUUUCGACGGAGUAGAGAAAGAGGCGGGGAGCAGCAGAGACACGGGGAAAUCACCUUCUAGCCUCGGCCUGGCAGACUUCGAUCUUCUGAGGGUGAUCGGCAGAGGCAGCUACGCAAAGGUGCUUCUGGUGCAGCUGAAGAAGACGGAGCGCAUCUACGCCAUGAAGGUGGUGAAGAAGGAGCUGGUCAAUGACGAUGAGGACAUCGACUGGGUCCAAACAGAAAAGCAUGUUUUUGAGCAGGCCUCUAAUCAUCCUUUCCUGGUCGGCCUCCACUCCUGUUUCCAAACAGAAAGCAGACUGUUCUUUGUUAUCGAAUAUGUGAAUGGUGGCGAUCUCAUGUUCCACAUGCAGAGGCAAAGAAAACUCCCAGAAGAACACGCCAGAUUCUACUCAGCAGAAAUCAGUCUGGCACUAAACUACCUCCAUGAGCGGGGAAUCAUUUACAGAGAUCUGAAGCUGGACAAUGUGCUGCUGGACUCCGAGGGACACAUCAAGCUUACAGACUACGGCAUGUGCAAGGAGGGCUUAAGACCAGGCGACACAACAAGCACUUUUUGUGGUACCCCAAAUUACAUCGCCCCCGAAAUACUGAGAGGAGAGGAUUACGGGUUCAGUGUGGACUGGUGGGCGUUGGGCGUACUGAUGUUUGAGAUGAUGGCAGGCCGGUCUCCAUUUGACAUUGUUGGGAGCUCGGACAACCCAGACCAGAACACAGAAGACUACCUUUUCCAAGUAAUAUUGGAAAAACAGAUCAGGAUCCCCCGCUCGUUGUCAGUCAAAGCUGCCAGCGUCCUCAAGGGAUUCCUCAACAAGGAUCCAAAGGAGCGUCUAGGCUGCCACCCUCAGACUGGCUUCGCCGACAUCAUGGGCCAUCCAUUCUUCCGAAACGUCGACUGGGAACUUCUGGAGCAGAAGCAGGUGGUCCCUCCUUUCAAGCCCAACAUCUCAGGGGAAUUCGGGCUGGAUAACUUUGACGCCCAGUUCACCAACGAGCCCAUUCAGCUCACGCCUGACGAUGACGAUGUGGUGAAGAAGAUCGACCAGUCUGAGUUUGAAGGCUUCGAGUACAUAAACCCACUCCUGAUGUCAGCGGAGGAGUGUGUGUGACCCAGCUCCCGCGCUCACACACAUACCAUUCCCGAACACACUCGCACACACUCACACACUCUCUCAUGCACGUGUAACGUGGCGUCUCAGUGUCUUCAAGCUGCAUGGUUACGAGACAACCUGACGACAUCAACCUUCGUUUUGAGGGCGGCACAUGCACAGCUGAACGCUUAUUUGCCAAAACCAGACUCACACUCAGCCAUUUAUAACCACUUGCCCUUAAGCCUACCUUCUUUCUUAAUUAUUUUUAUAUCAUGUAAAUCUGCACUGAUAUCAACCUCCUCAUCGGGGCCUCUUUAUCGGUAGCCCAAGAGGCUACAACGUUCUUCCAAGGUUGCUGUACACAAGAGGGGCAAGGCAGGUCAAGACAUUGCCCCCCCCCCCCCCCCCCGCGACAGAUGAACUGAACAUCCUUUCCUUCCAGCUGGUGGGUGUUUUAAAUGCAUAUUUUAUUUGUAUAUAUAUGAAUCUACUACGAGGAUUAUUGUUAGACAAGGCCUUUUUCAGCUACAAGCCACAGUCGGACAAAAACUGACAACUGAAUAAUCGUAAAGUCAUUUUGAAUUUGGCUUUGUGGGGACGUCCCUUCUGUAGCGGAAAGAAGAAUCAUAACACUAGCCUUUAAAAAGAAAGAUAAAAAUCUAUAUAUUUUCUCAUUUUUUUUUAUUUAACAACAUAGCAGUCAUUAUAUAUGUUGUUGUUGAGUGUUUAAAUGCCCAGCCUGAGUAACAGAACCCAAACAGGUUCAGGCUAUGUUGUUGUUUUAGAUGAAUACACAACAUCUGGAAACAGAAGGUGUCUUGCUUCGAGUCCCUUCGCCCAGAAUGAAGGAACGUGAACAGCUGUGGCAUCCAGGCGACACUAAUAACGAGUUAUUGCUCUCAAACUGUGAAUGAAAGAGCUCGCUUUGCAGGGAAACGGGCUGGAAGAGUGGAACGCGAACGCUGGAGCACAGGUGAAAUGUUGCUGUGCAGACCAUCCAUGAAAUAAACAUUACAACAGGACCAAAAAUAAACAUUUUUCUCAAAGAUGUCUUGCUGGUACAAACUAGAUGGUACAGUCGAUGUAAGGAAGAUGUGCUGUUCUGAGUCAUAGAAUUUAUAUAUUCUGAUUUCUUUCUUCUCAUUUUUUUUAAUACUAUGCCUUUCUGAAACACACGGUCUGUUUUUCUUUUUUUUUCUUUUUUUUUGUACUUUCUUCAUUCCAUGUAUGUCUUUUGUUGUAAAUCAAAACACUAAAUGAUUGUUUGAAUGAGAGUUCCUACAGAAAUCCAAAGCCAUGACUCUCCUAUAUUCCAUUUUUUUCCACAUCAAAACUAAAAAUAAUUAUUUUCUGAAUUUGUUUUUUUGUACGAGUGCUUUAAAGCACAUUAAAGCUCUGGAGAGCCUCUCUCCUCCCUCUCACUGUAUCGACACUAAGUGAUGGUGCAUGGACCUCCAGAUCAUCCAGUCUAAGUUUCUCUCUACUUGGGAAAUGUUUUUUGGGGCUCACAUGGUGACCAGAGGAACACUCUCAUCUGUUACACAUCUUACUUUUGUUCAAUGUUACUUUUUUUGUAAAUCAGAUUCAUUUUUACAUUUUUUUUUUUUUUUUGUAUCACUACAUUGAUUCCAAAAUGUUACUGGAUGAACCCAGAGGAAACACUACUUGUUAUAUUGGUUGUUUUUUGGGGUGUUUAUCACCCAGAGGACUCUGCUGAUCUUUGUUAUUAGUGUGCAAAAAAAACAAAACACAGAUGGUAAAAUAAACAUUUUAUUUCUCUCCUUGUGGUAAUA